ACCCCGAGCCGGCGGUGCCCGUGGGCGCCGGGCGCCGGGGCUGCUCGGCUGCCGCUGCCCGCGCUGCCCGCGCCUGGCGCCCGCCGGGCCUGGAGCGGGGCCCCGAGGCCGGGCGGGACAUCCGGGAGGGAUGUCGGGGACCCGCUGCCAGGCGCUGUACCCCUUCUCCGGGGAGCGGCACCGGCAGGGGCUGCGCUUCGCGGCGGGCGAGCUGAUCACGGUGCUGCAGGUGCCAGACGGCGGCUGGUGGGAAGGGCAGAAGGAGGACGGGCUGCGAGGCUGGUUCCCGGCCAGCUACGUCCAGCUGCUGGAGCAGAAACCCCGAAAGGCAACUCCUCAGCCAGGAGAAGACACCUUGAAUGGCCACCUUCCCCCCGGCUGGCAGAGCUACAUGUCACCCCAGGGCCGCAGGUACUACGUGAACACCUUCACAAAUGAAACCACGUGGGAGCGGCCGAGCAGCGUGCCUGGCACUCCAAAGAGCCCUGUGUCACAGAAGAGCUCUGCAGUGAAUGGCUACUACAUCUCUGGGUCCCCAGUACACCAGCUCGACUCGGGUCACAUGAGCCUCCGAAAAACCAGUGGGGACCCCCAGAGCCCGGGCUCCCCGGCGGCGCCGCGGCGGCAGAGCAAGGAGAGCAGCCUGACGAUCAACUGUGUGACUUUCCCCCACCCUGAUGUAAUGCCAGAGCAGCAGUUGCUGAAGCCUUCAGAGUGGAGCUACUGUGAUUAUUUCUGGGCAGAUAAGAAGGACUCACAAGGGAACAACACAGUGUCGGGAUUUGAAAUUCUUCUUCAAAAGCAACUUAAAGGGAAGCAAAUGCAGAAAGAAAUGGCAGAGUUUGUUCGAGAAAGGAUAAAGAUUGAGGAGGAAUAUGCUAAGAACCUGUCCAAACUGUCUCAGAAUUCCUUGGCUGCUCAGGAAGAAGGCACACUGGGAGAAGCUUGGGCUCAGCUCAAGAAGAGUUUAGCUGAUGAAGCAGAGGUUCAUCUCAAAUUUUCUUCAAAGCUUCAGAGCGAGGUAGAGAAACCUCUGCUCAACUUCAGAGAGAACUUCAAGAAGGACAUGAAGAAGUGUGACCACCACAUCGCGGACCUGCGGAAGCACCUGGCCAGCCGCUACACAGCCGUGGAAAAGGCCCGGAAAGCCUUGACAGAGAGGCAGAAGGAUCUGGAGAUGAAAACACAGCAGCUAGAGGUGAAACUCAGCAACAAGACAGAAGAGGAGAUCAAGAAGGCCAGAAGGAAGUCCACCCAGGCAGGGGAUGACCUGAUGCGCUGUGUGGAUCUUUACAAUCAAGCCCAGUCCAAGUGGUUUGAGGAGAUGGUGACCACCACUCUGGAGCUUGAGAGGUUAGAAGUUGAAAGGGUGGAGAUGAUUCGGCAGCAUCUGUGCCAGUACACGCAGCUGCGGCACGAGACAGACAUGUUCAACCAAAGUACAGUAGAACUUGUGGAUCAGCUGCUUCGGAAAGUGGAUCCUGCCAAAGACAGGGAACUGUGGGUAAAAGAACACAAAACUGGAGAUAUCCGACCUGUGGACAUGGAAAUAUAGACUGAUCUAUAGUUGGAUAUGACGAAUCCACUGAAUUUAGCAGGCUAACGUUUGUUUUUAAGGGUCAAAAGAGCAUAGGGAAAAGGUUGUUUCACUACCAGACAGACACCUUGUAAUUUAUGCCUGUAUGGGCUAUCUCUGUUCCAUUUAGUCAUUACAAUGGUCCUCGUUGUGCUAAGCCUUAAGCACCAGACAUUCCAGGGUGAAAAAAACAGAUGUGUGCUUCCCACCAGAGGUUCCCAAUUGCACGCAGCUUCCAGGAGAAAUCUGCUUCCUGGCACAGAAAGUGCUCUGUUCUUCAGUGACUUUGUGCUCCACCCCUUGCAUGACUUUCUCUAUCCAGUAUGUUAGAACAACCACGCAGAGAGCCUCUGGCCAGCAGGGAGAUCACUGAAUAUGAUGCAGGAGGCAAGGAAGUGCUGAUCAUGAAUCCCAGGUCUAUCACUGACUGCUCUCAUGGCCAUAGGCAAGUCAAUUAACUUUCCUGGCUCCCCCAUUUAUAAAAUCUGUGGAUCUUGCAGCGGUGUUGUGUGAAUACGAUGCUUUCAUAUAACACUUCCAGCAUGGCAGUGAAGUGAUGGCCCUUCUCCCAAAAUCUAUGGAGAAGAUUCCUGUUCUUCCUGUUUUAUACUCCCUCUCUCAGGGAUACAUAAACCCAUUUUCAUGAUUUCUGUUGUCGGCCAGUCGAUAAGUUUGAAAGUGUUACCAUCACAAUUUUUUAUCAGGAAAGACUUGGUUGUACUAUACCUACCUCAUUAGCUGUCAGAGUGCCCUCAACGACAGAAGGAGGUCAUAUUCCAAGGAAUAAAUGAGAUGUUUAAAAUCUUUCCUGCUCAUGCAAGGUGUUUUUCCACAGAAUCUCCUUAAAGAUAGUCCUCUAAUAGUCUACUUGGGAUUCAGGGUUAAAUUUCCUUUGUUUGUUUCUUCAGGUGAAUAUCACAGACUUUAGGUAUUUUAAUUACUGGGUUUGUCCCGCUAAAUUUUGGCUUUUAUCUUUUUGGAGCCUGAUUUUCAAAGGUGCCAUGAAUAUGUGAUGCUAGAUUGCAUUCAGUGUAGCUGUAGGUGCCCAGUACUUCUGUACCAUCAGAGUCUUAACCUGAGGUUUUUUUCUAUGUUACCCUUAUUGCAAACCACCAAAAAUUCAACACUGCUCUAAGCAAAUAGUGUUAUGUAGUUUGGAGACUGGUUUUGAAAAGGUAUUUAUUUUCUUCUGCUGUUAUUCUGAUUAAGUAUUCACUGUUGCUGUUACUAUAUUUUUUUCAGCAUGUCAUGCAAUGCAAAGAUUCUUCAGAUUCUUGCUUUAGAUCCAGGAAAAAUCUUGAUUCUCACCACUGUGGCCUUUACUGAGUGUUUACUGUGGUCUUAGCUACAAUAUCCCAAACCAUACUAAUUCAUUUGAUCCACAGUUUUGCUCCAUUUUAUCUCACUGUUGCUGUGUUUUUCUCCCCAGCCCCAGAACUGCAUCCUUCUUUUGUUCUAGUGCUAUUCUAGGCUUUUGUUCAGCAUCCUCUGAAUGCUGUGAAUAGAUCCUUGGGAAUCAAUAUCCCUCUUUACAAAUACAAACUGAGACACAGCAAAGUCUUACCUGAAGCAUGUUUAUAACAUUGCUGCAGUGGUUAUUUUUCUGGUUUAUUAUUUCCAAUCAAAUUCUCUUGUGUUUUUCUAUUGCUCCUUUUUUUCAGCCAUCUCUUUACUCAUACAGCUUCAUUCCUGUCUUGCAGAUGCCUUCACAACCCACUCCUCUGCUGCUUCAUUAACCUUUAUAAACCUUUAGCAUCCUUUGCAUGUUGGCAGUUGCAGUGUCACGACUGCUGCAGGCUCAGGAUUGCUCCUGGUGGGACAUUCCCUGUGCUGCACUUCCCCUGCUCAGCUGGGAAUUCGGAGCACAGUUUUAUUCUUGGUGUUGGAAGGCUCCCUGUGACAUGAGCCUCACCUGAGUUCCUGCACAGACCCUGCAACACCAGUUGAAGUGUUUGGUUUGCUUGAGUGUCCUUGAGCUUAGAGAGAGCCUCCCUGGAAUUCUCUUCUCCUUCCCUUCUUCCCUCAGGCAGGGCAGUUGAUGAUCUCUCCUUUUCAGUCUUUCUACUGAUUAACUCACUGUCUUACUCAUUUUUGGCCAUUUCAGUGUAGACUUCUCCUAACUCUUACCUUGCACUUCAGAGGACAGGCACUUUCUUAUUUUUUAAGCCACAAAUGCAGGUUGGACUUUCAAAACUUCAGUGGCCAAAAUAACCUGAAUAGGUGAAAGCUGCAUUUCAGGCUGCCCCUGUUCUAGGCUGUAUUGUAAAUUGAAAUGAGCAAUCUUGACAAUGCCUCAGCACAUUCUUGUUUUGAUUGCAAAACAAACCUAGUUGUGCACUUUAUACCAUAUUCUCCUUAAUAAAUACCUGAAAUACUCUGUUAGCAAUUAGUCUUUAUUUUUCCUCUUUCUUUAAAGAAGUUUAUUACUUUAUCUAUUUUGGACUGGAUAUACUGUCCAUUAGCACAGGUUUCUCUGGACACUGUAAUGUGUUUUGGUUCCUCUGCUAAGGUCUAUUUAUGCUGCUCUAAAUGCGUAGUUGGCGGGUUUUUUGUUGUUUUUAUUUGUUUGGGGUGUUUUUUGUUGGGAUUUUUUUUUUACUUUUGGUUUUAUUUCCAGAGAUAUUUCCUGCUACUAGUUCUUGGUCCAUUUGAAAUGUUUCAGGGAUGUGAGUUGCCCAGAGCAGUAAUUCUCUUGGUGGAGUCUGUAUCUCUUUUCCCCUUCAGUAACCAGAGGAGAGCACAGGUACCUGGCUGUUGAUUUUUCCCAGCCCCAGGAGACUCUGGGUUCUGUCCCCACAGGAGAGAUGCUUCAUCCACAACACCUCCACCUGUAUUCAGUGCAAGUUUUGCUGUUGCUUGUAAAGAGUUUUCAACUCAUUUCUUUCAAAAGAUAGAUGGAUUCCUCCUUGAUAUAGCACUGCAGAUCAGGGUUACCUGGCUCAUCCCCUUCUUUGACUGAUGGAUUUUGGAUAGGGUGAUGUCUUACAGGUCAGAGCAUGCUGGAGUUCUCUUGCUUCUAACAGGCAGCAUCUUCAAGGAGGGUAAUGGCACUUUUAAAGGAGAUCAAAGGUAACUUUGGGACUUGGAACAUUGCUCUGUUUGUCUUCCACUGAGUUUCAAAAACGCAGUGGAACCCAGUCUGUCUUCAUGCUCAUCCCAAACAGCUGCUUCUCCAGAGCAGGAUCAAACUUGGUGUUUUGUUAGAAUACUGUCAUGGGUGGAUGCUGCAUGAUGCUGCUGCAGUGUGACUGAUUAAUGGAGUCCCAAAGUCUCUUACCUCCAGCACUGGGCUGAGGCAUCAUCUCAUCUCAUCUGGCAGCUCACACGCCUGCUGUGAGUUUGUGCUGGUUUAGUAACUCUGGGGAUCAGAUUGGCAGGGUUAUCUCCCAUCUCUGUAUUAUCUCCCAUCUCUGUAUGCUCUGAGCUCACAGAGCAGGUCAGUUCUCAAUUAACACUUUUGCUUUCACUGGUAGAGGUAGAACAAGGGGGAAUUUUCCUCUGGCUUAGCAGGGAGCUCUGCUUGCCCAGUUCUGUUAAGACACCCGUGUUUUGGGAGUGCUGCCACACCUGUGAGCUGCCUCCUGGUCUGGCAAUGCUGUCACACACUUGUCCUGUGCUGGAGGGCUCUCUGGCCAUCUCCAUUUCAGCCAGAGCCUUUUGGCCCUUCUCUUAGCAAAAAGGCUCCCUGAAUUCCAUGGCUUCACAUCUGCUGGGUGUCCUGACCCCCAACAGUGCCAGAGCUGGUGAGGUGCUUGCCAUACAGAAUGAGAACUUUUUAUUCAUCAUCCAGACCUUCCUGCCUGUGUCUUCAAAGCACAGUUGAAAAUCUUUCUCUCUAAGGUAUUCUUUCAGCUUAUUUCCUAUCAGAACUCAUUGUGGAUCCAGUGCUGUUGGCUGAUUCCUGUUGGAGUUGAUGAGCUGAAAGCAGUCAGUCCUUUACCACAUGGGCCAAGUUCACUUUUCUCCCAUUAGCAGCAAGAUUCCAGUUUCUUUCUUAGAGCAAUAUUCCAAAAUGGCCUAAUUCUGAGUUUGCCAACUCGCUCCAGAUUCAGCCAUCUCUGUAACUCACACUUGUUCGUCACUUCUAUGUGUUGAACAUCUUCUGAAAGACUUUGGUUGCUCCCUUACAGGGACCUUAGUUCAUAAUUGGACACUGGAAUUGUAGAAUAUAGCUUUAAUUUUAUAUUUUCUUUAAUUUUAAAAUACUGUAACAGCAGUGAAAAUGAUACAGAAAUCCCUGUUAUGUUUCUAGACCCCCUUUCCCCCUGUGCAGCCCCUUCUGAGCUGCUGGGGGGCAGCUGUGCUCCCCCAUUAUUGCACAGGUAAACACUGAAAUCAAACUUCCUUGAGUGCCUGACAGGCAGCAUGCAAACUUGUGCACUGCUUCUUUUUCCCUUUAUGCAGAUUUUUUUGUUUAUUUGCUUGGUUUAGUUUGGAUAUUUUUCCCCUAAUAGGAAUUUUCUGUGAAGCAGUCACAGGAAAUUUCUAUAUGCUUAGAAGUCUUAGUUUCUCAGGCUUUGUUAGAAAUUUCUAGAAUUCUCCCUGGUUUUAAUGUCAUUAUUUAAAUAUUGGCUGCAAGUUAGGCUUGUUAUAGAGAAAUUGGCAUGCCUCACUUGUUCCUUGGAAGUGCUCAGCACUCAGAGAUUUCUUGGAAUACAACAGGGAGCUGAGAGAUAAGACUCUUUGAAAAUCAGGCUAACAAACAGAAAUGCACAAGCCUCUUUUUUCCUUCCUUGUACUCAAGUACAUGGAUAAAGCAAAUAUUAAGAAAUGAGAAAUAAUUAAGGUGUAGUUGCUCUCUGUGCAGCUCCAGGAGUGUUCCUGUGUGAGGCUGCAGUCAGAACACACCUCUGGAGUAUGGAGCCACAGGUGAUGGAGCUGUAAAAACUCAAAUCCAUGGUUCAGUGACAAAGGGGCUCUGCCCAUCUCAUUCUUCAGUCACACACAGGGAGAGAAAGGGCACUGCUUAGCCAGGUGGGUCCUUCACUACCAAGCACCUUAAGAAAUCCAGACAAGCACUUUGAAGGUCCCCCUGGAAUGAGUAGAUGUGACUUCUUGAUGUGAUUAUUUGAUGUUUCCUUCUGAGCUGAAAACAGAUUUACUGUUUCACAGUAUCUGGUGUGCUGUUGCCCACUGGUGCAGCCUGCUGUGUCUGUUCCCAGAGAUGGCAGCAGACUCCCGUGUCCUGAGGGCAGGCCUGGCCACCCUGACAUUCCUCUCAUUUGGCAAUUACGUCUUCAAAAGACAGUGUUAAAAAGGCAGUUUUCAAAAUAAUGAGCUUUUCAGUUCCCAGACCUCUCUGGAAAGCCUGCGGGCUUUUUGCUGCGCAGUGUGUGUUGAAAGAGGAGAGUGGCGUGGCAGAGGCUGCUGAGGCACUGGCUCUGCUGUGUGGACAUUGCUCCCACCCUCUGCCAGGGAUGGGAGCAGCCCUCAGGCAUCCUGUGUGCACCAGAGGAGCCUGCUGGCCACCUCUGCCUUCUCCAGGUGGGCACGAGUCACAGGUAAAUCCAGAUAAGAGCACACACAUCAGGCAGGAGGGUCCUUCCCUCAUCUCUCAGACCCUGAGGGGUGCUGCUGAUGAUGAAUAAGGCACCCAUCACCCUCCAGUCCUGCUCAGCACUGAAAAUCAGUGCUGGGAGGUGUCUGCUGCUCGAUGAGAGCUCCCACCUCACACCUGGCUGCACCCACAGAGGACCAGCAGGUGCCAGUGCUGCCCUGGCACUGCAGAAGGGGCUCUGGCAUUUGGCUGCCCAAAUAUUCCCCAGCUCCAGGGGCCUGGGGCACACAGCCCUGCUGUUGCACAGUGGGAAUGAAGUCUUUCCUGGCAGCACAUCCUGGUCUUUUCCUGAGAAGUGUUGUUGUAAGAAUAACACCCGUUUGCUUUGUCUUACAGUAGAUUUUAUUCAUAUGAGUGGUGCAUCUUUCAACUCUUUACUUUUCUCGCUCUGUUGUUAAUGUAGUCAGCCCUUCAUCAGUGAAAUACAACACCUUUCAGGACCUUUAAUUUUGAAAUUUCAUAGAACAUAUCUGUCACUUCAAUGUGCUGACCAAACUUCAUGCUUUUGGGUGUUUUCUGAGAGUUUGAAGAAUUUCUUUGCAGAUAUUAUUUUGGGUUUUAUUUUGAAAUUUUUUAUCAGCCAGCAGGUUUGGAAGUGUAAUAAUUUCUUUUUGUGGUAGCCACAGUUUCUUUUUCCUUCCUGGAUGUUUUUUCUGAAGGGACCAACACAUAGCACAAUUCAAUUUAAAUUUCUAAUCCCAUGCAUUCCUCAAGGCAGAAACCUUUUGUGCCUAAUGAUGCAUCUGAGUCUAAGAACUGUACAUGGAUAAAAUCUUUCAGAGACCAAUUAAAAAAAAAAAGUCUUAGAUUAACCACAAAGUAAUCACAGAAUAAAAAUCACAUAUAGAUUUGAGACAUUCAAAUUUAAUUCCCUCAACUUACAUUAAGUUGAACUAUUUCAGGUGUGUCGUAAGAGACAAACUCAGUGGAUAUUCAGAACAAAAGCUUUCCAGCUGCUCUAUCCAGGUUCAGUGAGUGGACAGGACUAUAAUUUUGAAUAUAUCAGGACUAUAAUUUUGAAUAUAUGCAGUCUUUUAGGGCUACUGAUUUAACAGGUUAACUGAGUAAUGGCUUGUAUCACAACCCUAUUAAAAUUCUGCUAGUAGAUCCCCUUGAAGUGCCUCUUUAAACAGUAUCUGCUACAAGCAUGUGAAAAAUACACAGAUUCACCCCACAAAUUGCCAAACCUCAGGAGCAGCCACUGUGCACUGAUCUGUGCAGGAUUCUCAGCCCCUUCCUUGCUCUGACUGUGCACACUUUUAGGACACCCCCAUCUCCAGCAGACCUGCCUUUGGCUCUGCUAAAUUGCUGUCCAGAUCAGGAAUCUUAAGUUCUCAAUGCUGAAAAUGAAAUAGAAAAAAAUAAACUUUAAAGCAACUGCACUGAAGCUAAUCUUUGGACCCAUCCUUGGUCUCAGUAGAAUAGGCAAGAAAUUCUGCAUAAAAGUAGUAUGCAGUGAUAAUUUUGCAUAAAAGAGUUGUUACACUUUAUUGCAUAAAAUUAAUAAUAAUUAAUAAUAAGAAUAAAAGCCCAAAACUUUUUUUUUUUACAGCAAUUGGGGAGAGGAAAUGUUCUGGUCCUGGAACUCAAAAGCUGAAUAUGAUUUCAGGGAAUCUCACAUCUGCUAACAUAAUAAUCAAAGUUGUGUUAAUCCCAGAAUUUGGGAAUGGUUGACCUGAAAUCCCUUGUUCCUCUGGAGUUUUUUGAUGAAAUGGCUGAGAUUAUCAGAACAGCCUAAGGAAUUUGGAUGUCCCUACUCUUUUAGGUCAAAAGCACUCUUUAGGGACAGCACCCUCUAUCCAUUAUGAAAACAGCAGGUACUAGUGUUGGACAAAAAUAUUUUCUUCUCCCUGGAUGAUUUCCUUGUUUUCUGCAAUACAAGACAGUGUGAGAAUUCCACUGGGCAGUUCUGCAGACACUGUAGCAGCAGGGAUUCACAGGUAGGCCAGAUUACCAGUCACACACUAAACCAGACUUUUCUACCAAAAUAAAGUUGCUUAUUUGGUCCUUUUUUUUGUGUAAGGUUUCCUAAAUACUUCUAAAUUUCUAGGAAAGUUGUCUUUUGCCAGUACUAACGACUUGUUCUUAAAGAUGCUUAACCAAAAUUUUAUAACUUCCCCUAAAUUUUGGCUGACUAGACCCCUUAAAUAGUUUAUUGAUCAUACAGCCUCUGUCUGGGUUACUAGUAAAUCUUGGAUCAUUGUGGAAAUUAUGGGAUGGCUUUUGUUCCCUAAGGACAGAUGAAGGAAUCACUUACUGAACUUAAGUUGAAUGAAGAAAAGAUUUAAGGGGCAGAUCUUCAGCUCGGGUAAACUGGCAGGGUUCAGUGGAAGCUACUUGAUGUCAGCUGUGGAUCUUGUCCUUCAGUGUUGAAGGCAUUUCCUAUAUGUAAUUUUUCUGUCUUACUGUAAAACAAUUUCAUAUGGUUAAACUGUAUUUUCCUAUAUUGUUCUGCAAGUUUAUAUACACCAUAGUGCUCAUCUCAUCUCCUGUAAAAUAAACUGUACAGAGACACAUUGAGCAUGGAA